ACUGACACCAUGGAGAGGAAGAACCAGAGUGGGAGAGUGAGUGAGUCUGUGUUGCCGGGCUUCCCAGCUCCUGUGCCACUGCGGGCACUAUUUGCCCUUUCUCUGCUGACCUAUGUGUUGGUGCUGACUGAGAACACACUCAUCAUUAUGGCAAUCAGGUACCACCCCAGCCUCCACAAACCCAUGUACUUCUUUCUGGCUAACAUGUCCUUCCUGGAGAUUUGGUACAUUACCGUCACUAUUCCCAAGAUGCUAGCUGGCUUUGUUGGGUCCAAACAGGGCCACGGGCAGCUAAUCUCCUUUGAAGGCUGCAUGACGCAGCUCUACUUUUUCCUGGGCCUGGGAUGCACUGAGUGUGUCCUCCUCGCAGUUAUGGCUUAUGAUUGUUACGUGGCCCUCUGCCAUCCUCUCCACUACCUUGUCAUUGUCAGUGGCUGGCUGUGUGUGCAGCUGGUAGCUGGCUCCUGGGCUGGAGGUUUUGGCAUCUCCAUGGUCAAAGUUUUUCUCAUUUCUCACCUCUCUUACUGUGGCCCCAACAUCAUCAACCACUUUUUCUGUGAUGUCUCCCCAUUGCUCAACUUUUCAUGCACUGACAUGUCCACAGCAGAGCUUACAGACUUUGUCCUGGCUAUUUUUAUACUGCUGGGGCCACUCUCUGUCACCAGGGCCUCCUAUAUGGCCAUCACCAGUGCUGUGAUGUGCAUUCCCUCAGCUGCUGGGCGCCAUAAAGCCUUUUCCACCUGUGCCUCUCACCUCACUGUUGUGGUCUUCUUCUAUGCAGCCAGUACCUUCAUCUCUGCCUGCCCAAAGGCAACCUCAGCUUUUGACACCAACAAGCUGGUGUCUGUACUCUAUGCUGUCCUUGUACCCCUGCUCAACCCUAUCAUUUACUGCUUGCGCAACCAAGAGGUAAAGAGAGCCUUACGCCGUACUCUGCACCUAUACCAGGGCCGUGAUACUAAGCCUGGGAAAGCUAGCAGAGUUGGGUAG